CUUUACUAUCUCUACUAAAUAAACCAUAACUCAUCUCUUCUUUAAAAAGCUUUCACCAUGGCUGAAGCUAUUCUCUUCAACCUUACUGCAGACAUCAUAUUCAAAUUGGGCUCUUCAGCACUCCCACAGUUUGGAUCUCUGUGGGGCGGUGUCAAUCCUGAACUUGACAAACUCCAACACUCUCUUUCUGCCAUUCAAGCCGUUCUUCACGACGCAGAGGAGAAGCAGUUCAAGGACCAUGCGGUCAAGCUUUGGUUUCAAGGCUUAAGGAUGUUUUGUACGAUAUUGAUGACUUGAUCGACGAGUCCUCUUACCAAACCUUGAGAAGGCAAGUUCUGGCCAAACACCCAAGAUACAGAAAACAAGUAUACGUAUCCUCUUCUCCAAAUUUAAAUCUAAUUGGAAAAUAGGCCACGAAAUCAAGGAAAUUAGGCAGAGGCUGCAAGCUAUUAACGAAGAUAAAAAUCAAUUUGGCUUUUGUAAGAAUGUGAUAGAGAGAAGAGAUGAUUAUGAAGGGUUGAGAAAGAGACGGGAGACUCACUCUUUUAUACCUCAAGACGAAGUGAUUGGUAGGAAUGAUGAUAAGGAAGCAGUCAUAGAUCUUCUACUAAAUUCCAACACCAAAGAGGAUAUUGCAAUAGUUUCCGUUGUUGGAACGGGAGGAUUGGGAAAGACUGCCCUUGUCCAAUCUAUUUAUAACCAUAAGAGGAUAAUGACUCAAUUUCAGUUGAAACUAUGGGUGUGUGUUUCUGACGAAUUUGAUCUGAAAAUUAUUAGCCAAAAGAUAAUAGAAUCUGCAACCGAAGAGGAGCCUAAAUCAUUCCUUCAAAUAGAUCCAUUACAAUGUGAGCUUAGAAAGCAAAUUGUUGGAAAGAAAUAUUUGCUCGUCAUGGAUGAUGUCUGGAAUGAGAAAAAAGAGGAAUGGUUACAUCUAAAAAGAUUGUUGAUGGGUGGUGCAAAGGGCAGUAGGAUUUUGAUCACAACACGUAGUGCACAGAUGACAGGUUUGGAAGAAUGUUCAAAUAAUCAAGAGGCCGAGCUUGAUCAAAGGAAUUCAAACUUGAUCCAAAUUGGCAAGGAGAUUUUGUCAAGGUUAAAAGGCAUUCCGCUCGUAAUAAGAACCAUUGGAGGACUUUUAAAAGAUAAUAAAUCAGAAAGAUUUUGGCUAUCUUUCAAGGAUAAGGAACUUUAUCAAGUUUUGGGGCAAGGACAAGAUGCUCUAAAAGAAUUGCAAUUGAUUCUUGAGCUUAGCUAUAAAUAUCUCCCCGCUAACUUGAAGCGAUGUUUCUUAUAUUGUGCUUUGUUUCCCAAAGAUUGUAAACUUCCAAAGAAUGAACUUAUACUAUUAUGGAGGGCACAAGGUUUCAUUCAACCAAAUGGCAACAAUGACGACGAUAAUUACCUCGUUGAUAUUGGUGAUGAUUAUUUCAUGGAGUUAUUAUCGAGGUCAUUUUUUCAAGAGGUUGAAAAAAAUGAUUUUGGAGACAUAAUAGCAUGUAAGAUGCAUGAUUUGAUGCAUGAUCUUGCUUGUUCGAUAACAAAUAAUGAAUGUGUGAGUGGACUAAAGAAGGGGAAUGUCAUUGAAAAAAAAACUCUUCACAUUUUUUUGGAAGAAGAUAGUCUUGAAAAUCAACUUAUGAGACCAUUAUCUAAGGCAACACAUUUGAGGACUUUUUUUAGUCAAGAUGCAGUUGGUGAACAAUGGAACUUGGAAGAAACCUUCCACCAUAUUUUUCGACUGUGAACAUUGCAUUUAGAUUGGUAUGAUCAAAUCCCAAAUGCAAAGCCUUUGGAGUUUAUUGAAAUGAGAAGACCAUUUUUGGUGUAUGCAUCUGUGGAGGACACAAAGAAACAGAGAUUUACCCAAAACAACAUUGCGUGAAGGAUAAUGUCAUACAAUUGGGUGCCCUUUUUAACUUUGUUUUUUUUUUUCUCUUUCAUUCGUGUAAUGUUAUCAAGUUGCCUAAAUGUUUAUUUUUACAUGGAUUUGUUUGUGUGCCUAUUAUUAUUAUUGAUAGGGGAGAAUUUGACUACGGUCACGUGGUUUUUU